AUGCAUAUCUAUGCCUCUUGUGGGGUGUGGAAAUUUGAUCCCUGUAAAGGAUGGGGAUUUGCUUUUGAUAAGGAAAAAGGAGGAAGAGUACUUGCUGUGGAAUUGACAAGUUCCUUUGAAGAUCUAAGGACUACGGCUUUUGAAGAUUUUGGAAUUGACCAAAACGAUGUCGAGCUUGAGUUAACCUACUUACCUAUGGAGUUAAUCAAUACGAUAGACUGUCCUCCAGUUAUCAUUGAGAAUGAUCGGCAAGUCAAGAAUUUUCUUACAUAUGUACGUGGAAAAGCUUCUUCAAGGUUGUGUGUGUCUAUUUCACAUGUCAAUGCAAACAACGACAACAUUGAGCUUGAUAAGGAGCAAUCUAACGCGUCUGGCAGAGAGCAAGGUGAGCCUUCCUCAUUUUCACCUGGAGAUGGCAUUGGUAGUUCUUGUGAAUCGAGCAAGGAUGGUGAAUACGAAUGUAACUCGAACGCCCCAGAAGAAGAUGAAGAUGCUGACUUAAGUGUAAAAGAAGAGGAUAAGGGAAAAAGUGUUCGGUUCUCUUUGAAGGAUGUUGUGAAGAGGGGUGAAACGUUUCAAAACAAAUCUAAGUUGAAAGCAGCAUUGGAAAUGUCAGCAAUGAAGAAUAACUUCGAUUACAAAGUUGUGAAUUCAGAUAGAAAACUUUGGUACAUCCGAUGCGUGGACAACAAGUGUAGGUGGAGUGUUCGUGCUGAGGGGUUAUCAGGAUCCACAUAUUUCAUCAUCAAAAAAUAUGUGGCGGAUCAUACAUGUGCUGCGUCAAGUAUGAAUAAUGGUGGCCAGACAGCUUCUGCAAAAACUAUUGGGAGUCUAAUAAUGCAUAGGUAUGAUGGUGUCAAAGAAGGUCCCAAAGCUAAUGAUAUCAUACAAAUUAUGAGAAUGGAACAUGGAUGCGAGAUAUCUAAAUCAUUAGCAUGGGACGCUCGUGAGUAUGCGAUUAGUCUUGUUAGAGGCAUUCCCGAGCAGAGUUUUGGAAAAAUACCGAAAUACUUGCACAUGCUGAAAGAAGCUAAUCCAGGAACACACACCUUUUACGGAACCGAUGUUGAUGGUAAAUUCAGAUUUCUCUUUGUUUCGUUUGGGCAAUCAGUACGAGGUUUUCAUACAUCCAUGCGAAAAGUUUUUGUUGUUGAUGGGACAUUUUUGAAGAGCAAAUACAAAGGAGUAUUACUUGUUGCGACGGCUUUAGAUGGAAACUCCAACUUGUAUCCUAUUGCAUUUGCGGUUGUGGACUCGGAAAAUGAUCGUUCAUGGGAUUGGUUUUUCAGACAACUAAAGGUUGUUGUUCCGGACGAGCGUGCUCUUGCCUUUGUGUCGGACAGAAAUAACUCACUUUCUUCUAAAGCUUAUAGAGUUGUUGAUUUUCAGAAGCGAUUCGAAGCUGUGUGCAAUAUUAGUCCAGCUAUUGGAAAAUAUUUAAGAGAUGCAUAUGUUACAAAGUGGGCUCGCUGUCAGUUUCAAGGAUACAAGUACGACAUCAGGACGACAAACCCGGCUGAGUCAAUAAACUCUGCUUUGCGCUCAGAGUAUCCAGUCAUUCCUUUGUUGGAUAGCAUCAGAGAAAUGCUUACCCGUUGGUUCUUCGAACGACGCACACGAAGCAGGAAGCACACAAAACCAUUAACUAUUGCCAUCGAGAAAAAGAUAGAUAGACGGAUUAACAAGGGUAAAACGUUUCUUGUCCAGCCAGUUAACGAGCAUCGUUUUUUGGUUCGCGGAGAUACAAUCGACUGCCUGGUUGAUUUGGACAGAAGAACCUGCUCUUGUGGGAAAUACGACCUACUGAAAAUCCCAUGUAGACACGCAAUCAAGGCUGGUUUAACAGUUGGCCGAGCCCCAUCCUCACUAACGGAUUUCAUGUUCACGACUUCCAAUUGGAGAACAGCUUAUGAAGAAACUAUCAAUCCAAUAGGUGUUCCUGAGGAUAGUUGGGUGGUUCCAGAUACUGUUCGGAAUGCCAGUGUGCUAGCUCCUGAAUCAAGAAGAGGAGCAGGAAGGAGAAGAAAACGCAGGUAUGAGAGUGUUGAAGACAAGCUCAGUUCAUCGCAAGGAGCUCAAGAAAAAAAGAGGCGCAGGUGCAGUCGAUGUGGCGAAGAGAAUCAUAACAGGGCUACGUGUGACAGAGCUAUUUAG